GGUGCUAACAGUUUGAUAUAGCAAAAAGGAAAAAGGAAGAGACAAGAAGAUCAAAAAAAAAAUAAGUUAACAACGAAGUAUUGUCAAGCUUCCAACUCCUACAGUUCAGCCACCAUUUGGAGAACGUGACUUGUGAAAUUUCAGAUGAUCUGGUGGCUUGUUGUGUAACAGUGCUUCUUGGAACUCGUUGUUUGUAAGGAAUCCCUGUAUUAAGGCUAAGAAUACAAUGCCUUCAAAAGAAAGUACGAUGAUGAUGAACGGCACAAGUGACCGACCCCAAAUGCCCCAGUGGGAAUAUCAAGACGAUGUUAUUCUCAGUGGAAUCGCGGGCUAUUUCCCGCAAUCCAAUGGGCUCGAGGAGUUUCAAGAGAAACUUUAUGCCGGCGUUGACAUGGUAACUAACGAUGAAAUGAGAUGGCCUCGGGGUAUUCUUGGCCUGCCCGAAAGAGGCGGAAAGAUUAAAGACCUUUCCAGGUUCGAUGCGCAAUUUUUCGGUGUACACCCUAAACAGGCUCACUCGAUGGACCCGCAAUUGAGGCUGUUCCUUGAGACCGCCUACGAGUCGAUUGUAGACUCUGGAUAUGACCCCGCUACACUUAGAGGGAAAAAGAUCGGCGUCUAUAUCGGCGCAUCUGAAUCGGAGUCCGAUGAGGCUUUGAACGUGAAUGCCGACGAAGUCAACGGUUACUCGUUGGUCGGAUGCUGCCGUGCCAUGUUUGCCAAUCGUCUCUCCUAUUCCCUCGACUUUACGGGUCCCUCGAUCACAGUCGAUACUGCUUGUUCGUCUUGCAUGACAGCGCUCACCCAGGCUGUCAUUGCAAUUCGGUCGAAUCAAUGUGAAGCGGCAAUCGUCGGCGGCUCCACAAUCUGUCUCAAGCCGUCCACGGCGUUGAACUUCCACAGACUUUCCAUGCUUAACCCUGAUGGGAUGUGCAAGGCCUUCGACGCUGAUGGCAAGGGCUACGUCCGUUCGGAGACAGUGGGAUGCGUCUUCUUGCAACGCAAAGCAGACGCGCGUCGAAUCUAUGCCACUGUAGUACAUGCUAAAGCCAACGUGGACGGCUUCAAGAAUGAGGGUAUCACCUUCCCGGGAGGCCACGCGCAAGAGAUUCUUCUUCGGGAAGUCUAUGCCGAAGCCAAAGUCGACCCCACAACGGUCCAGUUCGUUGAAGCGCAUGGCACAGGAACCAAGGUAGGAGAUCCACAGGAAGUGGGAGCAUUAUACAACGUAUUUUGUAAGGGCCGUCGGGGUCCCUUGCAUAUCGGCUCGGUGAAGACCAAUUGUGGCCAUUCAGAGGGCGGUUCGGGAAUUUGUUCCUUGGCAAAAGUUAUAACGUUGAUGGAGAAAGGAGUUAUUCCCGGCAACCUGCACUAUGACACGCCCAAUCCAAAUAUCCCUGCCCUAUUGGAUGGCAGUAUCAAAGUCGUUACUAGUGCCACACCGUUCCUGGGCGGCUAUGUAGGGCUGAACUCAUUUGGAUUCGGAGGUGCAAACGUCCAUGUGAUUCUUGACUCGAACAAGAGUGAGCACGUUGGCGUUGCAAUACGCGAUAAGGCCCAUGUGCCGCGCCUUGUUCUCAUUUGUGGACGCAGUGAGGAAAGCGUCAACCGUGUCCUAGGGCGUUUAUCGAGCCGAACGCUACCUGAUGCGGCCUACCAUCUACUCAAUAAGGUAGCAACUACUCCUACACAUAUGAUGACUCGAAGAGGCUUUACAAUCGUGCCAACUUCUGGUGAAGUGGUCACAUUCCAGACCCUGGCCGAAGUUACGAAAAGGCCAGUGUUUUUUGUCUAUGCUGGUAUGGGCUCCCAGUGGACGGCGAUGGGCCGCCAAAUGAUGGAGUUCGACGUCUUUGCCAAGUCUAUUUAUAAGUCGCACGAGCUACUGAAGCCAUUUGGUAUCGACCUGUUGCAAGUGUUAAUCGGCGAUAAAAUCGAAAAUCCGUCAAUGGUUGUACCAUUUGUGUCGAUCGCAGCUGUGCAGGUCGCAUUAACCGAUUGCUUAUUUGCCUGUGGUAUCCGUCCAGAUGGCAUCGUUGGCCACUCGGUGGGCGAGUUGGGCUGUUCAUAUGCAGAUGGUUGCUUCACAGCAGAGCAAACAGUGCUGGCUGCCUAUUGGCGUGGAAAAUGCGUUGAGGCAGCAGAAUUACCCAAAGGUGCGAUGGCUGCUGUUGGUCUGACAUGGGAACAGACUCUUAAAAGAUGCCGCGAUGGUGUAGUUCCUGCGUGCCACAACAGUGAAGAUUCAGUUACCAUUAGCGGGCCAGCUGACGCAGUGAUCUCAAUGUGUAACGAACUCCAGAAUGAGAACAUCUUCGUUAGACAAGUAAACUGUUACAAUGUUGCCUUCCACUCAAUUCACAUGGAACAGAUUGCCCUCUCGCUACAGGCAGCCCUUGACAAUGUUGUUCCAGUUGCAAAACCGAGGUCAGCACGCUGGAUUUCAUCGUCGAUGCCUAAAGAUCAAUGGAAUGAGCCUCUAGCUAAGACCUGUUCAGCAGCCUAUCAUGUCCAUAAUUUGGUUUCACCGGUACUAUUCAAAGAGGCCCUUGAGAACGUGCCAGAGAACGCAAUUUGUAUUGAAAUCGCCCCCCAUGCCUUACUGCAGUCCAUACUCAAGCGCGCUCUAAAACCUACGUCUGACGUUAUCGGACUGAUGAAACGUAAUGGUGAUAACUUUACUACCUUCCUCAGUGCGUUGGGCAAGCUAUACACGCUCAAUGUGGAUGUUGAUGUAUCUGCUCUGUAUCCCGAAGUGAAGUAUCCGGUUCCCAGAGGAACCCCGCACCUUGCCGGGUUCGUCGCUUGGGACCACUCGCUGGAAUGGCGCGUAUGCAAAUGGAACGAAUUUGAGUCGUUCGGAAAAUCGGUAGAAGAUGUCACCAGUGUUAAUAUCUCUAGCGAAGAAGACUCGGAAAAGUACAUUGAGGGCCACAAGAUAGAUGGUCGCGUACUCUAUCCUGCAACGGGAUAUAUGGUCCUCGCAUGGAAGGCUCUUGCUAAACGAAUGGGCAAGCAGUGGCUUGAUAUGCCUAUAGUAUUCGAAAACGUUAACUUCCAUCGGGCGACAAUUAUUUCGACCUCCGGUGUCGUCAAACUUUAUCUAAAUAUGAUGGGCACCAGCGGGCAAUGGGAAAUCACUGAAGGGGGAACCGUGGCAGCAUCCGGACGGGUCUACAUGCCUGAAGAUAAACAUUUCCUUAACUCGAACAUUCCUGAGGUCCCUAAGAAUGCUACGUUUGAACUUUGCGCUUCCGACAUCUACAAAGAGCUCAGUCUACGUGGCUAUGAGUACCACGGUAUGUUCCGUGGUAUUUUGAAAGCUGAUAUCCAAGAGCCUUACGGAAAACUCAAAUGGGAGGGUAACUGGGUAACUUUCCUGGAUACCAUGCUUCAGUUUACUGUCUUGGGCAGCAAAUACAGAGCUCUGAAUCUACCGGUAAGGAUUACCCAGUGCCGAGUCGAUCCUAGAAUUCACGCAAGCUUUGUGGGCAAUGUUAAGGGCGGAUUGACAGUAUACUACGACAAGCGCACGAACACCUGUAUGUGCGCGGGUGCUGUAAUGAAAGGCCUCAAAGCUAAUGUUGCUCCCCGUAAAAAUGCCCAAGCCUCUCCAUUUUUAGAGGAAUAUCACUUCUCAGCGAACGUCCAGGAAAUUAAAGAUCAUAAGCUUGAGGAGUACGUGAAAGCUACUGCUACCCUGAUGGGACAAUUGCUCGAAAAAAGUAACCAGAAAAAAGCCGCUAUCAUGAAUGGUUGCUCCGAAAUGACCGACACUGUACUUCACAAAUACGUGACUUCUGGUGAAAGCGACAUGGUAAUCAUGAGAGUGCUCACCAAUGUACUCGAACAAGUGAAGAAUGGACGGUCAGUUAUUGAAGCUUUAAAAGAAACUCUUGAUGCUCAUAAAAGCGAACUUGAGCUGGAUAUCCUCAACACCGCGCUUUGGAAUGAAAAGUAUAUCAGGCCUUUAUUGGACAUUGUCGUUGAAAAUACUCCAAGCAAGAAGGUAAGGAUUGUCGAAGUUGGCUCGGACGUGAAUGUUAUGGGCAAAAAAGUGAUCGAAAACAUCCACUUGUCUCAUCUUGAUCUAACGCUUGAUUACACAGUAGUUCAUCCUCUACCGGAUAUUCUUACUGAAAGCUUGCUACCUGCCGACGUCAAAACCGUGACGUGGGACCUAAAGUCAGAGCCUAGCCAAUUGCCUUUAGGAACUGAUCUCACUAUACUGAAAAACAUAGAUGUCGCUGGAGUCCAGCUUACAAAGCUACUUCAGAGAGUGGCUGGACUUCUAAAAUCCAAUGGCUUCAUUUUAGUGAACCAGCGCCAUACAUUAACUCCGGUGGAAAAAUUCCUUUCGACUCUUGGCAGUUUUGACGUUCAUUUCCAAACACCGGCUGCCAUAAAGAACGCUUUAGAAUCUGUCGGUUUCGAUCUGAUUGCAUCCCGUAGCAACGGAUUUUCGUUGAGUUUUUUGGCCCGCAAAACUAACAAGACCGAAAGUACAAAACAGAAAAUAAUUAAGGUCAAAAACGGGGAUUACAACUGGGUAGGACUAUUGAAAGACAAGCUUACUGAGUAUGACAGAAAACCCGAGGGUGAGAACAUUUGGCUAGUCGCUGAAGAUCCCGGUGAUAGCGGAAUCGUCGGUCUGGUUAAUUGUCUUCGUCGAGAGGCAGGGGGAUCACAUGUUAGAGCUAUCUUCAACGUGUCACCUGCAACUAAAUACAAGGUUCCCGAUUUUUCCUUUGAGCACCCAGUUUACAAGGACAUCAUCGCUAAAGAUCUUGUAAUGAACGUCUUUAAGGAAGGUGAGUGGGGAACGAUGCGUCACUUCACUUUAGCUGCUUUGAAGAAGUCGUUAAACUAUGUUUCGACGGAACACGCAUUUCUUAACGUUAAAAUACGUGGUGACCUCAGCUCACUUCAAUGGUACCAAUCUCCCAUCACGCAUAACCCUCCUAGAGCCGGCCAGAUUCUCUGCAGCGUGUAUUACGCUCCCGUUAACUUCCGCGAUAUAAUGCUGGCUACUGGGAAGCUCCCUCCUGACGCACUGCCUGGAGAGCUGGCUGUCUCCGAUUGCGUGCUCGGUCUUGAAUUCUCUGGCCGCGAUCCGCAAGGACGCCGAGUAAUGGGGCAAAUUCCAGCAGAAGGCUUGGCAACUUCGGUUAUCGUAGAUCCCGUGUUCUUGUGGGAAGUGCCUGAUUCAUGGACACUCGAACAGGCUUCAACCGUCCCUGUAGCCUAUUCAACUGCCUACUACGCUCUUAUUAUUCGUGGCCGUCUUCGUAAAGGUGAAGUCGUCUUGAUCCAUUCAGGAUCAGGUGGAGUCGGACAAGCUGCCAUUAGCAUUGCUCUCAAUUUAGGCUGUACGGUAUAUACUACUGUGGGUUCUCAAGAAAAACGAAUCUUUCUAAAGAAGCGAUUCGCUGCGUUGAAGGAUAAUCAUUUCGCCAACUCUCGCGACCUCUCGUUUGAACAACAUGUCUUAAACGAGACUGACGGACGUGGAGUAGAUGUUGUACUCAAUUCACUGGCAGACGAAAAACUUCAAGCUUCGGUUCGCUGUCUAGCUAAUCACGGUCGGUUCCUUGAAAUUGGCAAGUUUGAUCUUAGUAAUAACUCAGGGCUAGGAAUGGCGGUGUUCCUCAAAAACAUAACGUUUCAUGGCAUCCUGCUGGAUUCUCUCUUCGGCAACGACCCCUACGUGGCUCACGACAAGCUCGAGGUGGUUCGGCUUGUAGCAGAGGGGAUAAAAUCAGGUGUCGUGCGCCCUCUUGAUGCCCAUGUCUUCAAUAAUGAUGAAACAGAAGAGGCCUUCCGGUUUAUGGCUUCUGGAAAGCAUAUGGGAAAGGUCGUUGUAAAGAUUCGCGACGAGGAAUCCCAGAAAAAGGUCAUACCGUCACCCAUCAAGGUUAAGGCUGUAACGCGUACAGGUUUCUCUAGUAAAAAGGUUUUCAUCAUUACUGGUGGUCUCGGCGGCUUCGGCCUAGAACUGGCUGACUGGUUGAUCAGCCGUGGAGUAAAAUCACUAAUUCUCACAUCCCGAUCAGGUAUUAAGACCGGCUACCAAAAAUACGCAAUUCAUCGCGGAAAAAAGGCCGGAGCAAAUGUACAUGUUCUUACUCACGACGCUUCAACCGCUGAAGGUGCCAAGAAACUACUGACUGAAGCAAAGCGAAUUUCUGGUCUGCCCAUUGGAGGCAUCUUCAACUUAGCAAUGGUGCUCCGAGAUGCUCUCAUUGAGAAUCAGACUGUCGAAAACUAUGAAGCUGUCUGCGCCCCGAAGGUUGAAGGAACCAAAAAUCUUGAUGGACUUUCACGAAAAGAUUGCCCAGAGCUAGAUCAUUUUGUGGUCUUCUCAUCUGUAUCAUGCGGACGAGGCAACGCUGGUCAAACGAACUACGGUUAUGCUAACUCGGUUAUGGAACGUAUCUGUGAAAGGCGCGUAGCAGAUGGCCUUCCGGGACUAGCUAUACAGUGGGGUGCGAUCGCCGAUGUUGGAGUCGUCCACCAGACAAUGGGUGGUAACGACGCAGUUAUAGGCGGCACACUUCCUCAACGCAUUCAGUCAUGUUUCAGCGUCCUCGACCAAUUUAUGAGUCAGAAACACCCCGUAGUAUCGUCAAUUGUAAAGGCCGAUUUGAAAAAAGGCCUUGCUACAAAAUCUGCUGACCUUACCAGCGCGGUAGCCCAUAUCCUCGGAGUGAAGGACGUCACAAAGCUUAAUCCCAACACCACUCUUGGGGAGUUAGGCAUGGACUCACUCAUGGGAGUUGAGGUCAAGCAAUUGCUCGAAAGGGAGCUUGAUCUUAGCUUGUCAAUGCAAGAGAUCCGCAGCCUCAACCUGAAUAAAGUGGAAAAACUACAGUCAGGGGGAACUACGUCAGAAGUUGCCGUUGUGCCGGCAGCGAGCACAGAAGAUAAACAAGCGAUUCAACAGACGGCGGCAAUUGCCGAGGUACCCAAGGUACCUCUCAAGAAACAGCUAAUUGCCGAAGAACCGUUAGUAAACAUGAAUUCGAUUAAAACAAACGAGGAUCCAGUUUUCUUAUUGCACUCAAUUGAAGGUGACGUUAACAAUCUGGUGCAAAUAGCCGAUAAACUACGCCGACCCGUCUUCGGUAUCCAGCGCACGAAAGACAUAACAAUCAGCUCAAUUGAGCACCUUGCCCUCUCUUAUAUGCCGAAAAUGAUUGCUCAGCAGCCUGAGGGUCGACCAUUCCACAUCGUCGGCUACUCUUUUGGCGCUAUGGUGGCGUACGAGAUCGCGUGUCUGCUACAAAAACAAGGUCACCAGGUCAAAACGCUCACUCUCCUGGACGGCGCGCCCAAGUACGUUGCCGUGCACACAACCAUUCAUAAAAAUAAAUUUGACAAGAGCGGCGAUAUCAACGAAGAAGAGGCCAGUGCUCUUUGCGCCUUCCUCAUGCAGUAUAUCGACAUCGAUUUCCUUAAGCUGAAAUUAGAGAUGACAAAGAUCUCUGGCUGGGAGGCAAAGCUCACCGUUGCAACAGAUGUUCUUCUGCAGAGCAAAGAGCUUAACAACCGAGAUAAACCCUCGGUCGAGCAGGUUGCCAUGGCUUCACGAGCCUUCUACGACUUUCUGCUGUGCGGCAAUCGUUACCAACCUUCGCAGAAGUUCAACGGUGACGUGACUCUUAUUAAGGCUUCGAAACUACGUAAGAUGGCCAUGACAUUGCCUGAGGACUAUGGCUUGUCAAGCUGUGUGUCGGGCAAGGUAGCAAUGUAUGUUGUUGAGGGAUUACACGAGAACUUCAUUCUUGGCAAAGGUGCCGCCGCCUGCGCAGAUAUCAUAAACGCCAUUAUCUAGACUGGUAGGGAGAAGGAAAGAUAGAACUGAAAUGGUAUCAUCUAAGAAAAGAGUUGGCCAUGUCUGGUCCAGUGUAGUAUGAAUAUGAAGUAAUACUUCAAUGAAGACAGUGUUUAAUACAGAAAAAAAGAGUGAUUAAAAAUAUUAUGCGCUUUAAAUAUUGUACCGACAUAUUAAACAAUGCAAAAAAUAUACUUAUCAGGAAACAUACACGAUUGGACAGAUCGGACUUGGCGCCUUAAAGUUUCAACAGUACCUGCCAAUCCGCAAUAGAGACCAAUCUUAUAUCCAGUCAAGCAGAGUGAAGUCAGGUCUCUGUUUAAUUCGAACUGAAUUUAUUUGCCGUUGGCAUUAAACUUUCUAGCGCAAAUAAACGUAUCAUACUAACAA